GCAGGCAACUUCCAGCGCGAUGUGUCGUCCAACCUGCCGAUGCUGAACCUUGCGUCUGAGAACUGGGCCAACAUGUCGAUGGGCGGGGCUCACAGCAUGCUCACCUCAGGCCACGCCCCCCAGACCCAGUACGGCAUGUGGAUGAGUGGUGUGAGCAACCUGUCGCCCAAUCAGAACUGUGCAAUGCCCUCCUACCUCCGGAGCCCCGCCCCCUACUCUCUCACCCCGUCCUCUACCUCCAGCCCUGUGCUGGGCAACAUCCCAUCG